CCUCCUUUUCUGCAGCGGCCGCAUACCGAGAACAUGCCUCUCGCUAAGGAUCUCUUGCAUCCCUCACCUGAGGAGGAAAAGAGGAAGCACAAAAAGAAGCGACUGGUACAGAGUCCAAACUCAUACUUCAUGGAUGUAAAGUGCCCAGGAUGCUACAAAAUCACCACAGUUUUUAGCCAUGCUCAGACUGUGGUCCUAUGCGUUGGCUGCUCCACUGUUCUCUGCCAGCCCACAGGUGGCAAGGCACGACUAACAGAGGGAUGCUCCUUCCGGAGGAAGCAGCAUUAAUCUUCCAGGGUUAUGAGAUGGCUGGGAGUGAGCGUGUUGGCAUCUGUGCAAAUUGAAGGACAUGGCACAGGGAUACAGCUCUGUCUGCAUCCUGGACCCUGUAGCCUUACCCCCGUCGGUCAAUAAAUUUUGGAUACAAAUUCUUUCAUCUCUCACUAAUUAUUUCAAGGAAAUGUUGAUCUUUUCUUGGUGCUGGAUAGAAUCCAGUUUCCUUUCGGUGGAGAUCCCUUUACAAAGUGGGAAUAUGUCUGAGUGUCAUCAAACUUUGUGAUACAAUGUCUCACUGUUUAAAUUAAACAUCUAUUAAAAUUGCAUAUUUUGGCUUGA